GAUAAAGAAUAUAAUGUUGAGCAAACUCACGGUUAUGAUACCGAAGUUUUACGUGGAUAUAAUAUGAAUAAAUUAAUGGACCAACAUUUUCAUUAUGGCGUGUGCCCACCAAAUUUGCAGAUUCAGCGACUAAUAGUCACAACAAGAGCUUAUGAUGUUAAUCAAUCAUUUCAAAAGAUCUUCCAUCGGUUAUCUCCAACAAGCACAAUAGUUUUAUUAUCAAAUGGAAUGGGAAUUUAUGAGGAACUGAUGGAGAAUUUUUUCGCAAACAAAAAAUCAAGACCAAACAUUUUGAUGGGAGCGUCCACACAUGUAUGCCGUAAGAUAAAGAAUACGGGUAGUCAAUUUGAUAUAUUGCAUAGUGAUAUUGGAGAAAUUAAUCUUGGGGUUAUACCUAGACGUGAUGACCAAUCAAUAGAAGGAAAUUAUUCCAGAGAAAUGCCUCCAUCAUCAGUAGAAGAUAAUUCAUCUACGUUAAUGUCGGAAAAUUCCGAAAAAGUAAAUAUUAUUGUGGAUUCGUUACAUACAACAAUAAAAACUUUAACCAAAAUUCCUGAAUUAUAUGUACGACAUAUUAAUGUGCUAAGCUUGCAAAAUAGAUUGUUAGAGAAUUUAGUAAUUAAUGCUUGUAUCAAUCCGAUUACGGCAAUUUUUAGUAUGCGUAACAGAGGGUUAUUAGACAAUCCAGGUGCUGAUCGAGUUUUAUAUGCCCUAUGUAAUGAAUCAGCUCAGAUAAUGCAAAAACAUUGUGAACAUUUAGGAAUGAGGCCUACGAACUUGUUUGGUCCUGAAAGAUUGAUUAACGCAGUAAGACAAAUUUGUAAAAAAACUGCUUUGCAAAGUUCUGAUAUGUUGAAAGAUAUCCAGACAUGUCAGUUAACUGAAAUUAAUUAUUUGAAUGGAUAUUUGGUAAAGCUGGGCAAGAUUUAUGGGAUUCCCACACCAAUAAACCAAUUUGUUAUUGAUAUGAUAUAUUUGAAACAUAUCUUACAUUCUGAUUCUCAACAUUUAAAAAGUAGGUUAUAG